CGUUCAUAUUGUGGAUUCGAGUGUUUGGACAUGAUUGACACUCAAGUACAAGGGAAUCAUACGGUAAAUUCAAUCAUUUUACACCGCGAAGAAGGAGCAACGUGUCUGGACUGAAUUUGAAGACAUACACAAUAUGGCAGACGCUGCUCCUGCUGCUGGUGGACGUGGAGGAUUUAGAGGAGGAUUUGGUGGUGGUGGAAGAGGAGGCCGAGGGCGUGGACGUGGUAGGGGCCGCGGAAGAGGCCGUGGACGUGGGAAGGAAGAAAAGGAAUGGGUGCCUGUAACCAAAUUGGGAAGACUUGUUAAGGAUGGUAAAAUCAAGUCUCUGGAAGAGAUUUACUUGUUUUCUCUCCCUAUUAAGGAAUGUGAAAUUAUCGACUUCUUUCUUGGAAGUGCUUUGAAGGACGAUGUCAUGAAAAUUAUGCCUGUCCAGAAACAAACCAGAGCUGGUCAGCGUACAAGAUUUAAGGCUAUUGUGGCUAUGGGAGACCAUAAUGGUCAUGUUGGUCUAGGUGUGAAAUGUUCUAAAGAGGUGGCCACUGCCAUCCGAGGUGCCAUCAUGUUGGCGAAAUUGACUAUUAUUCCUGUCCGAAGAGGCUACUGGGGAAAUAAAAUUGGUUCACCUCACACAGUACCUUGUAAGGUUACUGGGAAAUGUGGUAGUGUAACAAUGAGACUGAUUCCUGCUCCCAGAGGCACAGGUAUUGUGUCUGCUCCAGUCCCUAAAAAGCUGUUAACUAUGGCAGGCAUCGAAGAUUGUUAUACAUCUGCCAGAGGGUCAACAGCAACAUUAGGAAAUUUUGCUAAAGCUACAUUCUUUGCUAUUCAAAAAACAUACAGUUACCUAACACCUGAUCUGUGGAAAGAACAGGCGCUAGCCAAACCUCCUUAUCAAGAGUAUUCUGAUUAUUUAAUGUUGACUCAUAGAACUGUUGGAUCUUCUCAACCACGUGCAGAACAUGUGGUUGCUUAGUAUGUAUAAAUAAGAAUCGACAAUAAAUUAUUUUGUCAUUCA